AUGUGGCGAGGCUACGGAUUUGGCAGCAGUGCUGCUUCCUCUCCAUCACCACCAUCUUCGUUCCCACAGCCAGCUCCUCCACCACCUUCACCGUGUGAUGGACUGCUCGACAUCUAUCCCCGCAAGACCUCCUUCUCCACGAUCUCAGGAAGCAACACAUCCUGUGCCUUCCCAUCGUGGCCUAACCGGUCAUCUCUCUACUCAGGGUCCGAGGAUGACAGCCCCAGCUCAGCCUCGGCCUAUCUCUCUGACGAAGACCUGUUCCCCAUCUCGCCCUCCGGCGGCAACCAGACGAUGGACAGCCCGUUCGGCGGCGACAGCUUCGAGGACGAGACGCAAGCUAUCAUCGGAGCCCCCGGCCUGACCACCGAGGAACAGAUCCGCCACAUGAACGAGACCGAGGACUGGCGCAUGCGUAACUACGUGCAGGCACAGGCACAGGCUCGCGCACUCCAGGCCCUAAGGGCGGCGCAACUCGCGGCAGUCGAGCAUGCGCAGGCGGCCAGGCAUCGCAAGAAGCGCGCCGGCACUAAGAAACGACGCUCCCAUGUAUCCACCACAUCCACCAGCAACAGCACGACAGCUUCGGCCUGUACUUCUGCCUCGGCAUCGGUGGCGUCCUCGACCGGCUCGAAGCGAGUUUGA